UGGGGGCAUAGAGCAGUACAGCUAUUAGCUCCGAGCUGCAGACAUCAUUCCGAGUAGAGAGCAGACGAUUCCAUCGUCAGCGCAGGAACAGGGAGCCCUGGCAACAAUAAGAGACAUACUCUUACCAGACCAUUACACCUUACAGGAAUGGUGAAAGCACCUGGAGCGAGACAGACACGCACAGAUAGAGAGGGGAUCUGGGAGCAGGCUCCCCUCAGACUAGUGACCGAGAGAAACAGACACAGCAGCAGUUACUGCAGUACUGACUGGUCCCCUGUCUUCAACUGAACCACAGUACUGACUGGUCCCCUGUCUUCAACUGAACCACAGUACUGACUGGUCCCCUGUCUUCAACUGAACCACAGUACUGACUGGUCCUCUUUCUUCAACUGAACCACAGUACUGACUGGUCCUCUUUCUUCAACUGAACCACAGUACUGACUUCAACUGAACCACAGUACUGACUGGUCAGUACUGACUGGUCCCCUGUCUGGUCCCCUGUCUUCAACUGAACCAUAGUACUGACUGAACCGAACCGCUUCCUGUUUCCUCCCACCCGGACCACUGGACAAGAACCAGGCCCAACCGCCUCCUACACUCAGGAGGAAGUAGUGCUUCGUUCUGACUGGAGGAUCCCUCCAUGGGCUGUACCACCCGUUGACCUACAGGAGGUAUCAGAGGAGCUCCACUGAAUGAGGUUCCCGCUGCCAUCCAGGAGGCUCGCUCUCAGAGGGAAAUGAUUCCGCAUGAAGUUGACGGACGGCUCUCUUCCUCUCUCCACGGAAACGGCAGGUGUGACUCUCGCUGCUCCCACGACAACAGCAGGUGUGCCCCUCUCUGCUUCUCGCUGAGCCAGAGCCAGGCGUCCGACAGACGCUGAGCUAAAGGACAGGACAGACCCCCUCCGUCCCUCUUUACUCCCUCCACCCUACCCCUUCUAACUUACCCCCUACCCCCUCUAACUUACCCCCUCCAACCUUCCAGUCCUCUGACCCCAGCCACCCACACAACCAGCAGGAGGGCCUAUUCUGUCAACGAGGAAAAGCCAAGAGAGAGAGAGUGAGGGAGACAGCCAAAGACAGGAGUGAAAUAGAGAGUGAACGAGGGAGAGACCGAGAUAGGAACAGAAAGAGAGUUCUAAAGUGAUAGUGUGAAAGAGACGAGCCAAGGCUAGUGUAUGUAACAGGAAGUUGAUAGAGAAAAGAUAACAGUAUGAAGUCCAACCAGGAGCGCAGCAACGAGUGUCUGCCCCCCAAGAAGAGAGAUUUCCCAGCUAGCACUGUGGACGAGAGGCCCCUGGUGAUGGCGCCUGCUAGUGAGAGCCAGCGCGGAGAGAACCUGGCAUGGCUGGCCAGCGUAGCCAGCGGGCACAACAGUGGGCACGAUAGAGACAGUGGCGGAGGUGGCCUCGAUGGCAGUAGAGGUGGGCAGCGUAUCAGCACUCCCAUUGAGUCUGACGGGCCACAGUACAAACCGCUAUGCUCCACCAUCACAACACACACAGACUUCCUGGUCCCUUCCUCUAUCUGUUCCAUCUCCUCCUCCUCUUCAUCACAUCAGUCCAGAGUGGUGACCACAUCCCUCCCUGCCAUGUACACUUCUGCUUUGUCCCAACCAGGGGGGACGAUCCAGUACACCCAGCUGCCCCCCAACGUCCAGUUCAUCAGUUCCCCUUACACAGGCCCCUACGCUGGCUACAUCUCCUCCCAGCUCCUCUCUCCCCCUCCACCCACCUCCACAUCCCAAUGCUCCCACCCUGACCCAUACCCCAACACCACCAUCACCUCCCAGUCCCAGAUCUCUGGUUCCUCUCUGAGCGUGGCCCCCCAGACUGCUCCCUCGCCACACGGUGGGACCCACCACCUGCCCCUCCACCUGCACUCCCACCCCCACCACACCCUGGCCCUCAGCGGGGGCUCCCAGGUGCUGGUCCAGUACACAGGCCCCGGCCCUGAGGGGACCCUGAUUAAGAGAGAGGAGGGCCGGCCCAGGGAGUUGCACAACGGAGAUCAGAGGGGCCGCUAUAAGAAAGGAAAGCAAAGGAACCCCUCCUCUUCUUCCUCCUCUUCCUCUCAGUACCACCAACUCCACCAGCAGCAGAGCGCGCAGCAUCACUAUGAGGCCUACACCUCCCAUGAUGCAUCAGGGCAACGGACCUCUCUAAUGAUAGUGCCCAACAGCCGCGGAGGAUCAGACAACCACAGCCCCGACAAACUACGGCCAUCCGCCGCCUCGCAGACAGAGAAAGGCAGCCUCCUUCUGGGUAAACCUGUGUCCUGCACCCCCUCCUCCUCCUCCACGUUCACCUUCCCCCCUCCGCUCAGUGUGGAGAGUCUUAAGGCGGCCGUCAGCUCCCUGUCCCCUCACACCCACACAGUCAUCCAGACCACACACAGCGCCAGCGAGGCUUCGCCCCGCUCCCUGGGCCAACUCUCCACCAAUACCAACUUCUACCAGGCUGGCCCCGGCGGGCAGCCCAUCAUCGGCUACCUGGCUGGGAGUGCAGGAGGGCAGCGGUACCACACCAGUCUGCCCCAGCACCUGCUCAUCCCAGGGUCUCAACCUAUCAUCAUCCCCGUCAGUGGGGCCGGAGUCACCAGCCUGGAGGCUGGCCAUGCUGCCCACAUAGCCACUACAACCCAAUCACAGUCCUUCCCCACCACGCUACCCCACACUUACUUCACCAACACUACCAACCCUAACCCCAACCCUAAAGAUGAGCAUCUAUUUGAGGUCCCGGCGCCCUACCCCCCUCUCUCCCACCCUGCCGGGGUUGGAGGCACUGUGGUCCAGGCCCAGCUACACCUCCCGGUGGUCCCAGCUCCCACGACCCCCUCCUCAGCCCCCUCCUCGGCCCCGUCGCUGCCUCCCUACUUCAUCAAGGGCUCUAUCAUCCAGCUGGCAGACGGGGAGCUGAAGCGCGUGGAGGACCUGAAGACGGAGGACUUCAUCCAGAGCGCUGAGAUCAGCAGCGAGCUGAAGAUAGACUCGUCCACCGUGGAACGCAUCGAUGGCAGCCACACGUCCAACUUCGCCAUCGUACAGUUCUCCGUGGGCGAGCACCGCGCUCAGGUGAGUGUGGAGGUGCUGGUGGAGUAUCCCUUCUUCGUAUUCGGCCAGGGCUGGUCAUCGUGCUGCCCAGACCGGACCACUCAGCUGUUAGAACUACCCUGCACCAAGCUCUCAGUGGGGGACGUCUGCAUCUCCCUCACCCUGAAGAACCUGAGGAACGGCUCCCUGAAGAAGACGCAGCAGACCCAGAACCAGGCUACUGAGAUCACUACCAGCUGCAAUAUGGGCUCCAUCCACGGCCCCCUCAAAUCCUCCAGGUCAGCCAGGCACGGGGAGCAGGAGAACGGGGUGGGCCAGAGAGGCUCCAGGAGUGGAUAUGGGAGAGUGGUGGUUGGAGUAGGUGGAGGUGUUCAGAUCGCCUCAGAGAAUGGGGAACUGAGGUUCGGCGCCGGGGGAGAGGCCAACUCGAAAGGAGGCCAGCCUGGAGAUUCAGAAUCUAGUGGUGGUGCCGCCAAGCCGGUGAGCCGCAAGAGGAGAUGGUCGGCCCCCGAGGGCCGUAAGGUGGAGAGGAGCGAGAAGGAGCCCCCGUUGACUCUGCCCAAACCUUCCUUUAUCACUCAGGAGGUAAAGAUCAGCAUCGAAGGCAGGUCAAAUAUAGGCAAGUAGUGAAGGCAGGAGAUUUAAACAAGACUGUUAAUUCAAAUAUGGGAUUGGAUGGUGAUUCAAAAAAGAAAAAGAAAGAAAGAAAGCCCACAUGAAAUGUUCAUUUUAGAUUGUUUUCUUGUUUUUAUUUUCUACCCGGAUUUCUGUACUGUAGGCAAAAUUUUACGCAGUACUUACAUGUUAUCACCUUACAUUAAGUUAAGUUGGUAAUAACAUUGUAAUAGAUGCGUUCGGUAUUAGGUAAACAAGCAACCGAUGCAAUUGUUUAGUUUUUUUUUCCCACAAAUCUCUGGGCGAGGGUUUUUGUGAAGUUUUGUAGAUGUUUUAUUGGUGGUUUUGUGGCACACAAGAGCACUGCGUGAUACCUCUCUGGUCAUGUGACGGCUGCAGGUGGACAAAUACAUAAAAUGAAUAAAACAUGUAGUUAGCUUUCCAAUCGCGGCUAGGGGCAUGACUAAACGGGUGUAAUGUAGACCCGUGAGUGAUGUCACUUCCUUUGUGAUGUCACUUCCUGAUACAGGCACUACUGACGAGAGUGUUCAGGGGGUCUGGACUUAAUCACUCUCGACGCCACCCAGUUGCCAUGGUGGCAGACUGAGUUGAUAUGAUGUCAUUUAUCCCAAGUGACUCAAGACGUCUUUAGAUAAGAUAGUUCAAAAAGCGUCUGUAACCAUUUUAAACCCUCAUGACAACACAUCUAAUCAAAAACAAGGGGUCACCGGAAGCCUCGACACUCAUCCAUCUAGAUCACUUAGCUAGGUGAUGUCAUCCUGCAGGCCAGUCCAGUCAGGUGAUGUCAUCCAGCAGGCCAGUCCAGCCAGGUGAGGUCAUCGAGCGGCGCCAGUGUGCCUCUAGAAAGAGGGAACUCUUCCUUCCUUUGUUAUGUUUUGCUGACACUGAUCUCUUUAUGUUAUUAUUUUUGUUUUUGAAACAUUUUUAUUUUAACUUUUUAAUUGAGUUUUGCUUGUCAAUUUUGACCUUUCAUCCUAUCUUGCCCAGUGAGUUGAUAAUGAUAUAUUUGAUGAUUGUCUAGAACUUUGAGAUCAGGGGUCACAUGUAUGUACUUAUAGUUUGAACCAAGGUGGUAAAGUUAAAUGUCUAUGUUAUUCCUUUAUACCCUAACGAUGCAUACAUUUGCAGUCACACUGGGUUGAAAUGAACUAUGAAAAUAGGAAGAUGAUUAUACCCCAUCCUUUUACUUGGUGCAACCUUUUGAUUUGUAUUCUUAUGGAGAGAGAGGCAGAAAGAAAGUGGCACCCUAUUUCAACAUAGUGCACGACUUUUGACCAAGGCCAUAUCUCUAUGAGCCCGGAUCAAAAAUAGUGCACUAUGUAAGGAAUAGGUUGCCAUUUGGGACUCUGUCAGAAAGUCAGUGUUGAGUCUUUAGAGAGGAGAGGGACAGGAUGUUGUGUUGAAACACUUUCAUUUGCACACCUGUCACACUCACCAACUGAUGAUAUCACAACUAUUAUUAUUAUUAUUAUUAUUAUUGAUCUCUUCAUUAACACAGUACUGUAUGUUUUUGUUAUUUUGACUUAAGGAAGAAGUAGAACUCUGUGGCAGCAGCACUUUUGAACGAUGAAGGGGGUCAUGUUGAUGUCUUGGUGUCUUGGGGUCACACUACCUUUGAAAGGGAUGAAUGUGACAUGUGAUGGAGUGAGUGCCAGUUAGGGGAGGGAGGGAAAGAGAGAAGAGGAAUAUGGAAGAAGGUAUAAUAUCAGAGAGUGCUUUUUGUUGAGGCACUUUACUCAAAUCAAAACAUGCUUUUCAAAAUAUGCGUGCGGUCAAAAAAUGUACCUUUUGACACAUAACUGCCUUGUCAAGGAUAUCAAAAGUCAAUGAAAUCCAAAAGAAGAAUGGGUAAAGAAUGGGAGUAAUUGUGGGAAUGUCCAGGUAUGUUGUGGACGAGAUUGAGAGACAGUUAUAGACGUUCUGGCCACAGAAUUUGUGAAGGGCGUCAUAUACAUAAUGUAUGUAUGCAAGUGUGCAUGAAUGCAGGUAUGUGUUAGUGCACACACACUCACAAGAGCACACACACUCACACGGACACACACACGGAGUACAGUACCCACACAGACAGGCACUUUCCUAAAGGAGAGGAUUGUAUGUAUUUCAUACUUGUUGAUAUACGUUUAGUAUGUAUACAAAUACUUUUGUGGCAUAGAUAUUUCCCCUUGAUGAUGUAGAGAAGCCAAGAUAUUUGAGUAGCAGACGAAGAUGAUAGUUAGUCUCAGUGCUCUGUGCAGUGUGUGUUUGUUGGCGUGUGUGUGUGUACGUGUGUUUGUAUAUGUGUAUAGAAAUAUCAUAUAACUUAAUAUGAUAUAUCCAAUGUAAAAUGUCCAGUGUUUCUGUUUUUGGAGUUCUACUUAAGAGAAUCUUGCAAUUUGCACAUCUGGAGAGGUAGUCAGUUGGGUGACAUUACUUUUUGACUGUGUUCAAAAUAUACUUUUCUCUAUACAGUGCACUGGCCAAAAGUAGUGCACUAUAUAGGGAAUAGGAUGCCAUUUCAGACAGAACUAUGUUUUCAGCUAGGUUGCACAUACACACCGAACUGAAACCCCAUUUUACUGAAUUGUAGCAGUUAUUUAACAAGUGUGAUCCAUGCUGAUUGUCUCCAAUGCUCUCUGCUCUGCUCCUCAUUGGACCACACCUGUGGCAUGUCCAAGUCCCGCCCACUUGUUGCGUGUUUGGUUGAGAGACAUUGUGGAGCCGGGGGCGGGGCCACCAGCAGGUACACCUGUUGAGCUCUCUGAUUGGCCGCGUUUUUCAGGUGUGUUUAGGUGGUAGAAGAUGUGGCAGAGAACUAGAAGUAUGUAGAAGUUGCUUCUAACUACUGCUCUAGGUUCAAAUGUUUAGUUCAUCCUGCUAAUGGUUAGUGUUAGGAGUGGGUGCAGGCCAGAGGAGGCUGGUGGGAUGAGCUAUAGGAGGACAGAUUCAUUGUAAUUGCUGGAAUAUUGGAACGGAGUCAAACAUGUGGUUUCCAUGUUUGAUACUGUUCCAUAUAUUUCAUUCCAUCCAUUCAAAUGAGCCCGUCCUCCUAUAUCUCCUCCCACCAGCCUCCUUUGGUGUAGGCUAAUCUGAUCCUAGAUCUGUGGUUAAGAACAACUCCUACGUGGACUGUGGUGAAAUAGGAGGAUGGAUGCGGGUGAUCGGCGUAGUGAUGGACGGAUGGAUGUGUGACUUGGAUGGAUGGAUGAAGACAGAUGGGUGAUCGGCGUAGUGAUGGACGGAUGGAUGUGUGACUUGGAUGGAUGGAUGAAGACAGAUGGGUGAUCGGCGUAGUGAUGGACGGAUGGAUGGAUGAAGACAGAUGGGUGAUGGUGAGUGAGUAGACACCACGUAUAGGUUGGAAAAUGCUUUAUUUUUUAUAAUAAAACAGGGUUUCUCAGAUCAACACCACGGCAGUGCAUCUUCAUUUGUUCUUUUAUAACAUUGUUUUAUUAUGUCUUCUAAAGGUAGUUUUUGAAUAUGUGCAUGUAUGUGUGUGUAUGUAUGUGUGUGAUGUGUGUAUUUUUGUGAGAAUCUUUUUGUCUUUUUGUAAGGGCAGGAUGGGUAUAUUAAUGACUGUUCUUCUAGAGCUUCACCAAACUGGGUAAAAUAGCAGGUAUUUUAACCAUUAGAUACAGAUGCCGUAUCUUAAUUUGAUCAUCUUGUUGUUGCAGGAGUACCCUGCACAGCAAGAAAUUCAAACUUGUAGUGUAUUUAAGUUUUUUUUUUUUAAAUGCUUCUUACGUUUGUAAUUUCCACUUUCAAAUUUCAGACUUGAUUUUCCCUGAUGAAAAAUGUAUCAACCCCUACAAAACAAUCUAUUAAUUAUAAUCUACAUAAAAAUUAUAAUUUGCUGCAGGAUUAUUUUCCUGCUCUGUGAAACUGGCUCAAAUUAAGAUACGGAAUCUGUAUAUGGUUUUGCAUUCAUACACAUUGAACCAAAAUGAGACCCUGGUUGAGUUAAGUAUUGUUCUGACUGACUUACCCCUCCUAAACUCUCAUUAUGGGAAAAUACAGCAAAACAAUGACACACACACCACUCAAACCCUUUCAGGUAAUGUUUUCUAGUGCAAAUGCAUAGCAUCAUGGCAGUUGUGUGUGGGCUGCUUUCCAAUAGCAAUAGUCAGACAACAAGCAUACAUUAUAACCCAUUAGAGUGCUCCUCCUCUCAUACCUCCCUUUUAUGGCCAGCCACAGAUGGGGGGGUGAAGCUGUGUCUCUAGAGAGCGCACUAGUUAAAAGCGUUUCCUCUCAUCUCUCUCUGGCUGGCUAGCUAUAACAUGUCAAUCGUUCCUUCUAGAAGCUCUCUGCAAUAAAAACAUUCUCCCUCAAUGUUAGAACCAAAAUAAAGAGCUGCUUACACACACACACACACACACACACACACACACACACACACACACACACACACACACACACACACACACACACACACACACACACACACACACACACACACACACAUACAGGCUCACAUACCCCCUUUAACAUACCAGCCUAGUCAUUUCAGCAACUUUCAAUUCCUAUUAAGUUGUUGCAGUUGCACGGCCUGCCAUUCAAAAAAUUCAGGGAGAUUUUCACAUAUGCAGUGACAGACUGUCCAGUAAGGACUAAAGUACCCAUGAUGCUACACCCACUAGUGACCUCUAACCUCUGACUACUAGUUCAGGUAUCCAUGGCCAGCCAGCCUCUGUCAUACCCUCUCUAGAACCUCAGCAGUUAGUUAGUUUACCCUCAGCAACCGCUAGCUACCUUCUAUCAAUGGCCUGGCCUUACAUGUGCAACUGCCUUUUUCUUCCCCCUAGCACAGUUUCCUUCUGCUCUCUAGUUCCCACACACACACUCACUUUUUAUUUUCUGUUAGAGACAUAUUAAGUAACAGUGUUCACGCUCCAGUGGGGAUACUUGCAUGUUGAGAUGAGUGUUAAGUGAACCCAGAGAUUCACCACAGUUUGUUUUUCUUGUUUUAGGAGUAAACAAAAUAAACACACACACACACAUACAGGAAGCCACGUUCACCCUGCAAUGUCUGAUUAGGUCAGCUUUACAAUCAAAGCAGUGUGUCAGGUUAGUUGUAGAGGUGAGAGGCGUAGUGGGCAGGACAGGUAGAUGUUAGAGGCCAGAACUAAAAGUAAGGGGAAUGCAGUCAGGAGAUUUAGCCUAAUGUAUAAUACAAUGUAGUGGCUUGUUAUAAGGUUGUAUUCAAGUUGUACUAAAAUUGUGUGAGGUUUAAAUAAAGUAGUAUUUAGAUGGAGGGGACAGCAGAGCUUGUGGCAAUUACACAUUGUUAUUUACAUUUUAUUUUGUGUUUUUUUAUUUCUAGUUCAGGUAGUCCCAGUUCUUAUCUAUCAGGAUAAUGAUUCCCGUUGCCCUUGGAAUCAUACUGUAUGUGCAAUAGUUGUCUUUGUUUAUACUUUUUCUCUCCCAUUGUUGUGCCAAGUGUAUGUAGCAUAUUGUCCCUGUCUGAUGUUUGUUAGCCAUGUACUGUACCCCUGUACAGGCUAAUGUACUGUACCCCUUUACUGUGCCCCUAAAAUGUCUUCAAUUUCAUUUGCCUCACACUAGACAGAUUUCUUUAACUCAGGAAGGUUUAGUGCAGAGUGGGUGGAUAAGAAUGGAGAGUGAGUGAGCGUAUUACCUGUGUGUUGGUGUGUCAAGCUGGCAGCAUACGCACGCCUACCGGUAUGUAGAAGUAUGUCUUUGACCUCAGUAAACGGAAUGCUUUGUCAGUCAACGCUCCAGCUAGAAGUUCAUUUUACAGUCUGACUGUCAAGAGUCUGGAGACACUAAACGAUUAUCCAUUCUGCAGUCCAGGAAAGUUGUCAGUCAGAGAGAGUGAUGUAAGAUAGAGAUAAAGACAAAUAAAUCAUGAGUGAUAUCGAAAGACAGAGACAUGCGCCAGGCUAGGGAGAAGUGUACUGUGCUUGUCAUUGGAGAGCCAUUCUUGGUAUGUUUGUGUUGUUGUGAGGGAGAGGUGAAGGACAGGUGACAUGGCAGUACCAUGAUGUCAGUGGAAGAGAUAUGUAUGUAGUGUUGACAUAGAAAGUCUCCCUGCCCUGGGAGCUGUUGGCUUUCAGGUGGAUUUACAAUGUUUAUCAGCCUCUGGUGAAGUAAGGGGACAUUCCUGUUCCCGUAGAAAGACUUGUGUGCUCUGUGUUAGUACUCCUGGCCUCUGUCCGGUUUCUACUGUGUGUUGUUCAUCUGCAUCAUGUCAACGGCUGUGUGAGCGUGUGGAGAGACAUGUUUGCCUAAGGCUAGUUGCAUACAGGUAUGUGGAAAUAUGUGUGGACACGUUUUUGUUUAAACUUGAGAUAGGUUGUCCCCACCAGCCUUUCAUAAUGAUGUUGUUUAUUUUCUGUGUGUGUGUGUGUGUGUGUGUGUGCCUGCGUGUGCGUGUGUGUGGUGUUCUCCUAUGGACUUUGAGAUCACUAGCCCUAACCCUCAAUAAGGUCCAGAGAGAAAAGACAGUUGACAGAGUUAUUAUAACCUAAUAUAUUAGUGGGGACCACUUUUGUAAAACCAACCAAUAAAGAUGCACAUUUAAAGUAGCCGACUAACGGCGUAGACUUGAUACUGUUUCAGCACUUUCUAAACCCAGAGAAAGGUCUAGUGUCUAAACCCUCAUCUCAGACCAAGGCCUUUCCAGAGGUAUAACAUUCAUUAUAUAUAUAUAUAUAUAUAUAUAGAGAGAGAGAGAGAGAGAGAGAGAGAGAGAGAGAGAGAGAGAGAGAGAGAGAGAGAGAGAGAGAGAGAGAGAGAGAGAGAGAGAGAGAGAGAGAGAGAGAGACACACACAAUGGGGAGACUGUUUGGAUUCAGUUUUUUGCACAUGGCCGUGUUGUAAACAGUAGUGUUUCCUCUAUUGGCUCCAUCCCGCCUAGCGUCCGGCACGUUCUUGGGUCCAACGAGCUAAGACGCUAAGCGGGUUUCCUGGUUCCACAUUAUAACCAGGAAGUACCUUUUCUCAUGGACGCACCCUCUUUUUUUGUGUUCAGUUUGGUCCUAUUGUAUAAAAGACUUUUGCUUUCUUUAUUUACCUACCUUUUCGGAAUAGGACCUUUUCCUUGUCUUAUAGUCUCCUUUGUAGCACUCGACUCUGUCAGGAGACGUGAUUGGACGUCUGUUUGGGGAAUGUUUCAUGUGACUUUGUGACAAGCCUCCUCAUUGGAGGAGCACACACAGCGACCUUGUUGUCUUUUUAAAAAAUUGCUUAUUUACUUCUUGCACAAAUGACAAAUAUAAUGAAUGUUGGUGUGAGCUUCAGCAUUUUGAAAAGAAAAGGCAUGUGUUGUUGUUUUUAUUGUUUAUUGACAUGUUGUUGUUUUAUUUUUGUUUAUUUUUUGGCAAAAAAAAGAGAAUGGUUUUGGCACCUUUUUGUGUUUAAACUGAACAGAAUUCAAUCAGGAUUCCUUUGUUGAAACUUGACUGUUGUUUGACGUCUUGUCAAUAAAUGUCCGUACCGCUGGAAAACCAACUCAGGCAUAGAAAACUUCAACACGCCCAUUAACCAGAAUGGUUAAGUCGCCAUCGUCGUGCCCCCCCCCCCCCCCCCCCGAUUUAAUGUUGGUGGGCUGUUCGAUAUGGGUUAUUACUAUAAUUAGUUAUUAUAUUUAUAUAAUAAAUAUAUAAAUAUAAUUUAUUAUAUGGAUUAUUAUGAUUAGGAUUCUUAUUGUACUGUUAUAUGCUGGAGAUGGCUAUGUGCUCUUAGUGUGGACGUUUAGUGAGGAGGCACUGGUUGUCCUGGUCCUGCAGUGAAGGGCCAUCAUUCAGCACAUCUAUCUUUAUCCCACUCUAUCUAUAACGACCAGCUGACAGACACUCACUCACUCAGAGAUGCGGCCUGUUCUGUGCUCUCUGACUUCUCACCUUUGACCCCUACACACUCUGAAGUCCAGAAAAGGGUCUUCUGUCAGCUGGGGUCCAGUAAAUGUUGUCUACUGGUCAGAACGCACAGCCUUGUGGCUAAAGACAUGUCUGGGAGUUGGACUCUCUCCGUCGACCUUUGGUUUGGCUGCUGGUCAACCUGGACAUAUGUGUAGACGUAAGCGGAGAGUGGCAUCCGCAUUGCAGGCUGCAAGUCACACAGAGAGCUGAGACACAACACAAGGACUGGCAAGGUAGGCAAAGACAAACUUGGACAUGAUGAGAGACGGAGCCAAUCAGAACCAACCAACAACCAACUCAUGUUAUAUAGAUGAUGUACUCCAUCACCACCAACCCGUGUCUGUCACAGACCUCUAUAGCAAUCCAAACUGUCAGUGUAUGUAUUUGAGAUCUGUAAGAACACACCUCUUAAGAAAAUAAGACUUGAAAUAUCUUAAAGAAAUGGGCAAAUAAAUGUCCUAGGAUUUUUUUUUAUGCUGCCAAUGAAUGCUCUACAAGAUAUUGUACUUCUGUAAUAUAAUAUUUCACACAAAAAGACAAAGCCCCUACGUUCCCACUCCUCAACCUAACUGACAAUGUUUGAUAAAAGGGGCUAAAAUAAAAACAGAGGUGAGUUUGUAUCGGUGAGUUCUGUAAUGGUAGAAACAGGAGCUCCCCCUAGUGUCUGCCCAGUGACAUGACACCACACUACUCCCUACUACUCCCCGGUUGGCCAGUGUCAUCUUUCAACUGGUGUUGAGGGGGAGAGAAAACAAUGGGUGUUCAUUACAACUUGUUACGCACGCAUUUCCAACCUCCUGGUUCUUUUAACUGGUGUUGAGGGGGAGAGAAAACAAUGGGUGUUCAUUACAACUUGUUACGCACGCAUUUCCAACCUCCUGGUUCUUUUUGCUGUUGUUGUUUUUCACGUGUAUUUUCCCCCAGUUAAUUUUGUUGAUCGAAUCAAAACAGGUAAACAGGUUGUAUUGUACGAGGAUACGGGAAGAAGGCCGGCAGAUGGCGACAUUGAGUCAUUUUCAUCUUACUGUACAAACGCGUUGUAUGCAGCCGACAAUACAUUAAUAUCCCUUGUGGACUGGUUCGUACCUAAAACAAGAAUGGGGAAAUAUGUGGACCAUUUUACACCACUAGAGUGACUAAACACUAGUCCCGGAUGUUGUGUAUGCCCCCCCCCCCCAACAUCACGCAGCACGUUAUCGCAUCGCAUUAGUGGUUUUGACUAGCAGAAGUGACUUUUCGUAGCAGGUUAGGAGAAUUAACGUGGCAGGUUAGGAUAAUUAAGUUAAGGUUAGGAAAAGGGUUAGGGUUAGCUAAAAUGGAAAAAUUGGCCCUGACUCGACUCAAACACAUCUAGCUACAACCAGGUCUGCCCUGAGAACAGUCUUGGUUUCCACUAAUGCGAUGCACCCUGUUUUGAUAGUUUCAACUUGAUUGGCUGAACACGACACAACAUCCGGGAUUAGCAUUUAGCCACUCAAGCAUUGUGGUUGAAAAUGGUAUGCAUAUUUACCCCCUUUUUCCCACCAUUAAAUCAAGUUAAAGAGGAUACCGAAGCCUCUGCAGCCUGAAUGGAGAGUGUUUCAGGUACGAACCGGUCAACGAGGGAUACUAAUGUAUUUCCGGCUGUAUACAAUGCGUUUGGACGGUAAGAUGAAAAUGACUCAAUGUCUCCAUCUGCUGGCCUUUGGGUUAGGAAGAAGACACAGAGGUCAUUCCAAUGGAAGGAGUGGUCUAAUGUAUGUUAAGACAUUGCAGUAGUAGCUAGGCUUUGUUCCCAUGUCAAUACUAGCAUACCACUAAGGAUACAUGCCCAAUACUUUGCUUCAUUCUAAAUCGUGUGCUAGUGGGGAUGUUGGACAGAGCUCUAGUCCCAGGGCCUAGUAUACAGGUGCUCUAGUCCCAGGGCCUAGUAUACAGGUGCUCUAGUCCCAGGGCCUAGUAUACAGAUGCUCUAGUUCCAGGGCCUAGUAUACAGGUGCUCUAGUCCCAGGGCCUAGUAUACAGGUGCUCUAGUCCCAGGGCCUAGUAUACAGGUGCUCUAGUCCCAGGGCCUAGUAUACAGGUGCUCUAGUCCCAGGGCCUAGUAUACAGAUGCUCUAGUUCCAGGGCCUAGUAUACAGGUGCUCUAGUCCCAGGGCCUAGUAUACAGGUGCUCUAGUCCCAGGGCCUAGUAUACAGGUGUUGAGGAUGUUGUCAUAAUGAGAUUACGUCCUCCAUUGAGGAGGACGUGGAGGAUGUUUUUUAUUUGUUUCUCACUUGAUACUGGGCAGAAAAAGGCAUAGAUGAAGAAACUCUAGAUUGGCCACAGUGUGAUAAUAAUGGUUGGACCUACAGUACCAGUCAAAAGUUUGGACACACCUACUCAUUGAAGGGUUUUUCUUUAUGUUUACUAUUUUCUAUGCCAAGAGUGUGCAAAGCUGUCAUCAAGGCAAAGGGUGGCUACUUUGAAGAAUCUCAGAUGUAAAAUAUAGCACUUUUUUGGUUACUACAUGAUUCCGUGUGUUAUUUCAUAGUUUUGAUGUCUUAACUAUUAUUCUACAAUGUAGAAACUAGUAUAAAGAAAGAAAAACCCUUGAAUGAGUAGGUGUGUCCAAACUUUUCACUGGUACUGUAUAUGUGAACUGUAUGUUCAUAUUGCAUAUAGGAAGAGUCAGACAGGAUGACUAGGGGUUUGAGUUCUCCCUGACCAUGUGACUUUGAAAAGGAAAAACUCUGGUCAGAUCACAUAUUCAGGAGAAACUCAGGGCCCCAAUGAUAAUGUUUAAAUCAAGGUAUUUUUUAGAGAGUAUUGUAAAUUGUAUGUGAAAUAUUGCAGGAGCCAUGUUAGAAAGUGUCAAUGUGAAAGUAUGUUGAGCCAAAUCUAGGUAUUGUAUGUCCAUGAUGUGGACACGGAGGAUUCUGGCCUGUAUCAAGUGGAGGUCUUUGGAGAGGGGGAAAUGGUUUGUACCUUACUCAAUAAAAUAUGAAACCACACGAAGUGCGUACAGGCUUUAGACAGUUAGGAACUGGUAUCGGGGAAAAGAGAAAAACUUUCUUCUUUUGUUUUGUUACCAUAUGCGUGCAUACUCUGUAAUUUGUGUAAAAUAUUGUAUUUGCACUAGCUUUUUAUAUAAAAAAAAAAACGAAUUUAAAAAAGGUUACAAUUGAAAUUCUAUUUUCUAAUUGUGGUGUGUCUAUUUGUAGGAUACACUCAAGUCUCAAGUUUCUUGGAUUUUAUGGUUAUUUUCUUUGAUGGUGCUUGCAGGUUUUCUAGUUAGAAUUAAUUUCAUUAUUAUUACGAAUAAUAAAACAUUUGUGAACAAAUUUGUUAAAAAAUAAAAUGUCUGUAUACCAGUUCCAGUGUAUUGUUUCAGUAUACACAAACUAAUAAAAUAACAGUGCCAAUGCAA